AUGUCGAUGAUGCAAGAACAACGUCAAGCAGCGAUGGCAUCGAUUUUGACGCCACCCGCGCCAGCGACACUAUACAAUGAAACGUCGAUGCCGAAUAUGUGGAUGCAGCAAGCUGAAAUAACUCCCAGUGACAUCUAUCCCAAUAAUGGCUACAUGACAUUCCAAAAUGACACAGGAGUGCCGGUAGUGUCCACGGGAAGCCAAUAUGAUCACCAGUAUCACACAAACCUUCAGAGGAAUCGCCAUGAUGAGAGCAAUAUCGGUCAAACUGCACCCAUUUAUGAUCCAUACUACUCGGCAAGGACUACGUCAUUCAGCAACGAGUCAUCGUCAGUAUGCUCAUCUUCAUCCACUGCUGCUUCACCACAUUAUCACAGUGAGGUCGAGAACUACAGCCCACAUGCGAGCAGAUAUUAUGGCAAACUAGCGCCAAGAGAGGUGGACGAGACGAACAUGUAUUCGCGAUCCGUUUGCGGGUCAACUGGUGAUAAUGGUAUAACGGCGGCUAGCAAUCUCCCAAGCAUGCCGCGACGUCGUGGACGUCAGUCGAAGGACGAGCAACUGGCGGCUGCCAAUCGCCUACCACUAUCGGCUCGUGAAAUUUCCGAGAUGACCCUUGGGGAACUGCACAAAGUGCUGAAGAACGAGAGCCUUACUGAAUAUCAGAAGCAGCUGAUUCGCAAAAUUCGCCGAAGAGGGAAGAACAAGGUCGCUGCACGCACAUGCCGUGAACGUCGCGGUGAACGUCAGCGAUCGACUAAUGGAGCAGAAACGUCAUGGAAUGUUCCUGUGAGUGCUUGA